AAAGCUGAAUGUAGUCCAGAGCCAGCAAAGAACUAUUACUACUACUUACAAUGAAUACACAAAAAAUCUACAUAGCCCUCGUCGAUGCGAGCUCUUAUCAUUAUCAUAAAUAUUCCAGAUAUUUUGUAUUCCGUGUUUUCAGGACUAGUAGAGUCUAGAUUCUUCGAGAUUGUUAAAAACGCGAGGUGCUAGAGGGAUAAAUGUUGAGAAGUUUAUACGUGGGCUUAUUCUACAGCAGCUUCUCACGUGGAUAUAUUAGACAUCUCAAGGCGACACGUGCAAUGACGAACACCGCGAGCGAUAAGGCCGGCGUGUCCUUGAAGGAGAUUGUAGACACAUUACGAAAGUUCGCGGAUACAUCUCUCGCCGCAUCCUGGGACAAUGUCGGAUUGUUGGUCGAACCGACGCAGCCGAAAGUCGUGUCUUGCAUCUUACUAACGAACGAUUUGACCGAGGACGUGAUGGAGGAGGCUGUUCGACUUAAGACCGACCUGAUCAUCACGUAUCACCCGCUGAUAUUCGCCCCAUUAAAGUCCAUCACGACACAGUCUUGGAAGGAACGAAUAGUGGCGAAGUGUCUGGAGAACAAAAUCGCCGUGUAUUCGCCGCACACCAGUUUCGAUUCGAUCCAAGGCGGCGUGAAUGACUGGCUAAUGGAAGUUUUCGAGUUCGAGAGCAGCAGACCCAUUGAACCGGACGCGAAUAACGCGAUGUGCGGCAUGGGGAGACUGUGCACUUUGAAGACGCGGAUAUCCAUCGAGCAGGCGGUGAAUCUGGUGAAGCAACGCACGGGUCUGAAGUACGUGAGAUUAGCGCGCGCACGCGACGUAGACGGUUACGUGAAAUCCGUCGCGCUCUGCGCCGGCUCAGGCGCAUCGCUAUUGAAAGGAAUAUCCGCCGACCUGUACCUCACCGGGGAGAUGUUACACCACGACGUGUUGGACGCCGUGCAUCGUGGCGCUCACGUCAUAUUAACGAACCACUCUGACUCGGAGCGCGGCUUCUUGAAGGUAUUCGCGUCGAUAUUGGGCAGCAGUUUAGAGAGUUCUGUCAAAGUGUGCGUAUCCGAGGCCGACCGGGAUCCGUUGCAGACUGUGUGAAAAGACGCACACAUACAUCGACGAAGAAUAUAUUUCGCCCAACACGCAUGCCCGAAAGACGUCUCCAGGGCGUCUUUCAGACGUUCUUAAUGUCCGUAUCUACUAACGUCGAUUAAACUUUAAUGUGAGUUAAGUUUACGGACGAAUAAAGUUUAAACGUGGUAACGUUAAAGUUUAAUCGACGUUGAUAGAAACGGGCGUAAGAUCUUCAGAUGUUUUAAUGUUCUCUGGAACGCGCUGCGUUGUUCCACGCGGAAUACGUUGUAUGGACGAAAUACAAGCUAUGCUUCAUAUGAAAA